AUGGAAGAAAACGACUACGUUCUUGUAUGCGACCGAGACACCAAAGACAAAUCCAUGGGAUCUGAGCACAAAUACCUUAACGAGAUCAAUGACUUUAUCGAGGAGAUUUCCGAUGAGUUAUGGAAAAUAAACACGAAGAUUCAUGAAAACCCGGAACUUGGCUACGAGGAAUACAAAGCUCAUGCUUUACUGACAAGCUUUCUGAAAUGUAAAAAAGGAUGGAAGGUCACGGGUUCUGCCUAUGGGAUGGAGACGGCCUGGGUGGCAGUCUACGAUAGCGGUGAGAAGGGUCCAGUGGUGUCCCUCAAUGUUGAGAUGGAUGCAUUACCCGGCAUGGGCCACGCGUGUGGACAUAACCUCAUCGCGACUGCAUCAUUGGCCGGCGGGCUGGCAACAGCCGAACUGAUGCGGCGGGAGGGACUGAGAGGCAAGGUCGUUCUCUUCGGCACACCUGCAGAAGAAGGCGGAGGCGGCAAGAUCCGCCUUUUGGAAGCAGGUGCCUACAGAGACCACGACGUUGACGUCUCUCUGAUUUCCCAUCCAGGCAUCCUACACGACAGUGCCCUUGUUCAUACAACUGGAUACACCCGGUUCAAAGCCGAAUAUUUUGGCCGCGAGGCGCAUGCCGCUACGAGCCCCUGGUUGGGAAUAAAUGCACUCGAUGCAUUGGUAAUUGCAUAUAGUGGACUCUCGGUGCUUCGCCAACAGACAAUGCCUGGUGAUAUCAUUCAAGGUUACAUCAGCGACGGUGGCACGGCACCACAGGUUAUUCCCGGAUACGCCGCCGGUAUCUUUGUCGUGCGUGCGAACUCUCCGUCAUACCUUCACACACCUUCCCGUCUUCAGGAGCUACGCAAAAAGGUCGAAGCCUGUUUCCGGGCAGGAGCUGAGGCAACAGGGGCCGAGCUGAAGAUCACAGUUGAGGAGGCGUACGCCGAACACGUCCCAAACCGAGUGCUGGCCGCAUCGUAUGCAAAUUACUGGAAUGCGCUAGACCCUCCGAAUGUGGGCUCGGUUGAACAAGACAUCCACAUUGGUGCCAGUACAGACCAAGGCGAUGUUAGCCACGCCAUGCCGAGCCUGAACGCAAGUUUCUCAAUCGUGCCUAUGGCGGGGGGUGGAGGCCCGCACACGCCUGGCUUCGAGAAAGCUUCAGGGACGAAAGACGCCUUCCAUAGGUGCUUGAGGACGGGCAAAGCGUUGGCCGGGACGGCGGUGGACUUACUCGCAACGCAAGGUUUGCUGGAAAAGGUCGUGGAUCAGUGGAAGAAGGACAUGACGACAUCCCAAUAG